AUGGGUUCAGGUUACGGGCCAAAAAUUAAACAUUUCUGGUGGCGACUUCUUCAUAAUGCCCUUCCAGUUGCAGAGACUUUGGCUCACAGGCACUUACGGGUCUCACAAGAAUGCUUAUUCUGCGGUGAAGCAAGAGAGUCUGUUUCUCAUAUCUUUUUCCAAUGUCGUGUGGCAAAAGAAAUUUGGGAGUUAUCGCCGGUUCACAUUGUUGCAGAUGCCUCUUGGAUAAAUCAAGAUAGUAAAAUUGGUGUUGGGUGGACGCUACAUGACUCGCAUGGCCGAUUUAUACUUCAAGGAAGUGCAUCUUUAGAACCAACUCAAUCAGUCCUUGAAGCAGAAGCUCUUGCGCUUAGGGAAGCUUUGAUUCAUCUAAAGCGGCUCAACUACCAGAAUGUCACAUUUUGUGGAGACUCUUACUCUUUAUAUGGAUAUCUGGAAGGCAAUAUGCAAAAGAAGUUUCAGAUCAGGGGACCAAGCGAAAUUCAAGCUUAUCUGCAGGAUAUUUCAAAGUUAGCCCAUGUUUCUUACCAAUUCCGUUUCAUUAAUAGAGCAGCUAAUGUUUUAGCUGAUACCUUAGCCAGAGAAGCACGUAUUAAUGAUUCUCCAUAUGUUAUCUCAUGGGUUCUAUAGUUGUAAGGCAUAAACUGUAGUAUAUGGCUGUGUAAACUCUACUUUCUUUAAUGAAAUUUAAGGUUGACAAAAAAAAAAAAAAUUAAAAGU